GUCAAAUAAAUCUGCAGGAAGUACUGUAUUUUCGGUUAUAUCAUGGGGCGUAUCUGAAACCAGCCAAUUGCAAGCUAGGCUACAUUGAUUUUUAUUCACUGCAGGAACAAUACACAACGCAUAGUCAAGCAGCGUCUUUGGAAGCUAAAAACGGAAGAUGGCAAAUGAGGCUAAACCAUGCGCAUGUGACAUUGGAGACAAAAUGGAUUAUGGAGGGCUGGGAGAUGAAGUGGAUAUUGAGCAUAUGAAGGCAUAUAUCGUGAAUCCAGCUUCAUCGUCUGAAAAAGCCAUCGUUGUCAUCCAUGACAUUUUUGGGUGGCAGCUUGCCAACACCAGAUACAUGGCCGAUUUACUUGCUUCAAAUGGAUACAUUGCCAUUUGCCCAGACUUCUUUGUUGGAAAAGAGCCGUGGAACCCUUCAGGAGACUGGUCAAAAUUUCAAGACUGGUUGAAAGACAAAAAUGCAACCAAUAUAAACAGAGAAGUGGAUGCUGUGUUGAAGUACCUGAAGGAAAAGUGUGGUGCCAAGCAGGUAGCUGCUGUAGGAUUCUGCUGGGGAGGGACUGCCGUCCACCACUUGGCUCUGCGGUAUCCACAACUAAAAGCUGGGGUCUCCAUUUACGGAAUAAUUAGGGACACUGAAGACGACAAGUAUCAGCUACACGUCCCCACCCUGUUCAUUUUUGGUGAAAAGGAUGACAUUAUUCCACUUGAUCAGGUGACCGUCCUUGAGAAGAGACUACAAGAAAAAUGCCCAGUUGAUUUUCAAGUUAAAGUAUUCCCUGGACAAACCCAUGGAUUUGUUCACCGCAAGAGGGAAGACAUAAAUCCAAGUGAUAAGCCUUUCAUUGAAGAGGGCAGAAUGGACAUGCUAAAAUGGUUGAAAAAAUAUGUAUAAAAUGUUGACAAAGUGAACACAUUCGGAUGCAACGUAAGAUUAACCCAAUACUUUGCUUUUGAUAAAUGAUUAAACAUACACAGAUGAUUCAAUGCAAGAAUCGAUUUAAAAUCAAAAUAUGUGGCUAAAGUAUGGCUAAAUUUUCAGUGCAUUUAAAUUGUUUUGUAUCAAAAAAUUUUCUUGGAACAUUUAACAAUGAAGUAUUUCUACCAUUAUAAAUAUGUAGUAAAACUUUCUGAGCAAGGUUUGUACCUGUCAUUUCAAAUAUUCAAUUCAUCAAGAAAGACGAUUAUAUCAUGUAGGUGUGAAACAUUUUGGUAAUACACAGAUCAAGUUUAUCGACCAGGCAAAAUUUAUAUUAAACUCAUAAUGGCUACUACCA